CGGUGACGUGUCUUGCGUUCCAGCUGCCCGGCCCGGCGCGGCUCUUUGCCGGCCUGGGUUUGGCGUGUCGGGUGGUGGUGGUGGGGAGAGAGAGAGAGAGAGAGAGAGAGAAGAAAGGGCGACGGCGAGAAAGGCGGAGUGUCACCGGAAGGCGCCUGUUCAACAACCUCGGCUGCCCGCCGCUUUGGAAGGGGAAAAGCCCGCCCGCCUUGAGCCAUGUUCAACGUCGAGAGCCUGGAGCGGGCCGAGCUCGGGGAGAGCUUGCUCACUUGGAUCCAGACAUUUAAUAUUGAAGCACCAUGCCAGACUGUAGAAGAUUUAACGAAUGGAGUUGUGAUGGCUCAAGUACUUCAAAAGAUAGAUCCAACAUAUUUUGAUGAAAAUUGGCUAAAUAGAAUAAAAAGAGAAGUAGGAGACAAUUGGAGAUUGAAGGUGAGCAAUCUGAAGAAAAUUUUAAAAGGAAUUUUGGACUACAACCAUGAAAUUUUGGGGCAACAGAUUAAUGAUUUUAUCCUUCCUGAUGUUAACUUGAUUGGGGAGCACUCUGAUGCAGCAGAACUUGGAAGAAUGCUUCAGCUUAUUUUAGGCUGUGCUGUAAACUGUGAACAAAAACAAGAGUAUAUUCAAACCAUCAUGAUGAUGGAGGAAUCUGUUCAACAUGUGGUUAUGACAGCCAUUCAGGAGUUGAUGAGUAAAGAGUCUCCAGUCACUGCUGGAAAUGAUGGUUACGUUGAUCUUGACCGUCAGUUGAAGAAAACAACGGAAGAAUUAAACGAAGCCUUAGCAACCAAAGAAGAAAUUGCUCAGAGAUGCCAUGAACUGGAUAUGCAAGUUGCCGCAUUGCAGGAAGAGAAAAGUAGUUUGUUAGCAGAGAACCAGGUCUUAAUGGAACGCUUAAAUCAGUCUGAUUCCAUAGAAGACCCAAACAGUCCAGCAGGACGUAGACAUCUACAGCUCCAGACACAGUUGGAACAGCUCCAAGAGGAAACCUUCCGAUUAGAAGCAGCAAAAGAUGAUUAUAGAAUUCGUUGCGAAGAGUUAGAAAAGGAAAUUGUAGACUUACGGCAACAAAAUGAAGAAUUAACAAAUCUGGCUGAAGAAGCUCAAUCUCUGAAAGAUGAGAUGGAUGUAUUAAGGCACAAUUCUGACAAAGUAACCAAGUUGGAAAGCCAAGUACAUUCAUACAAAAAGAAACUAGAAGAUCUUGGAGAUCUUCGGAGGCAAGUAAAACUUUUGGAAGAGAAAAACACAAUGUACAUGCAAAACACGGUGAGCUUGGAAGAAGAACUGAGGAAAGCCAAUUCAGCUCGUAGCCAAUUGGAAACAUAUAAGAGGCAGGUGGUUGAACUUCAAAACAGAUUGUCUGAAGAAUCCAAAAAAGCAGACAAGCUAGAAUUUGAGUAUAAGAUGCUGAAAGAAAAAGUAGAUAGUUUCCAAAAAGAAAAAGAUCGGCUAAGGACAGAAAGAGAUUCUUUAAAGGAAACAAUUGAAGAGAUCCAUUGUAUAAAAGCACAAGAAGGACAACUAACUACUUCAGGAUUAUUACCUUUGGAAGGUCAAGAAUCUUCUGACAGUUUGGCAACAGAAAUUAUUACUCCAGAAAUAAAGGAAAAGCUUAUUCGCCUUCAACAUGAAAAUAAAGUGCUAAAACUUAACCAGGAGGGGUCUGACAAUGAGAGGAUUGCUUUGCUACAGAGUCUCUUGGAUGAUGCCAAUCUGAGAACGAAUGAAUUAGAAACAGAGAACAGGCUUGUAAACCAGAGAUUGAUUGAAGUGCAAUCUCAGGCUGAAGAAUUACAGAAGUCUUUGCAGGAGCAAGGAUCAAAAGCUGAAGAUGCUAUUUCAGUCAUUCUGAAAAAGAAACUUGAUGAGCAUCUAGUAAAGCUGCAUGAAGCUAAUAAUGAGCUUCAGAAGAAACGGGAAAUCAUUGAAGAUUUAGAACCCCGUUAUAACAAUAGUUCACUCAAAAUAGAAGAAUUGCAAGGAGCUUUGUGUAAAAAAGAAGACGAAAUGAAGAUAAUGGAAGAACGAUACAAAAAAUAUUUGGAAAAAGCUAAAAGUGUCAUCCGUACCUUAGAUCCCAAACAGAACCAAGGUUCAGCACCUGAAAUUCAGGCACUGAACAAUCAACUACAGGAACGUGAGAGGAUGUUCCGUUCCUUAGAGAAAGAAUAUGAAAAGACAAAGAGUCAAAGAGAAAUGGAGGAGAGAUACAUUGUCAGUGCCUGGUACAAUAUGGGGAUGACUCUUCAUAAAAAAGCAGUAGAAGACAGACUUGCUAGUACUGGUUCAGGACAGUCUUUCCUAGCUAGGCAAAGGCAAGCCACCAGCACAAGGAGAGCUUAUUCAGGCCAUGUCCAGCCAGCCACAGCAAGGUAGAGAGAGUCCUUGCCUUGCCUUUUGACUGGAAGCCAUCCUGGAAUCAAGACCUACUUCUGUUAUAAGUGACUGUAUUUCAGGAAAACUUAGCCAGCACUCUUUCAGUAUUGUCUCUUCAUGUCUCAUUUCCAGAAGAGAACUUUUCUUUUUAA